ACAUCAUCGUCCUGAUUGCGUCUGUGGCGGUGGUCUCAGCGGGCAGCCAGGGGAACAUCUUUGCCACCUCGGUCCUGAGGAGUCUGCGCUUCCUGCAGAUCCUCCGGAUGGUCCGGAUGGACCGGAGAGGAGGGACCUGGAAGCUGCUGGGAUCUGUGGUGUACGCUCACAGCAAGGAACUGGUCACGGCCUGGUACAUCGGCUUCCUGGUUCUGAUCUUCUCCUCGUUCCUCAUCUACCUCGUGGAGAACAAGUUCAACAAGGAGUUUGCGACGUACGCUGACGCAUUGUGGUGGGGCAUGAUCACCUUGACGACCAUCGGUUACGGAGACAAAACGCCGAAGACGUGGACGGGACGCAUGCUGUCCGCCUUCUUUGCCCUCCUCGGCAUCUCCUUCUUCGCCCUGCCUGCAGGGAUUCUGGGUUCAGGCUUCGCCCUGAAGGUCCAGGAGCAGCACCGGCAGAAGCACUUUGAGAAGAGGAGGAACCCGGCCGCCUACCUCAUCCAGUGUGUGUGGCGUAGUUAUGCGGCUGAUGAGAACUCGGUUUCCGUUGCUACCUGGAAGCCUCACUUGAAGGCGUUGCACACCUGCAGCCCGACCAAGAAGGAGCAGGGAGAGUCGACCACCAG